AAUUAUUUUCGUCGUCUGCUCGAGGGCUUGUCAUUCGUGACAUUGCUUGAUUACAUAAUGUCAUCAUAAAGUAAAGUCAUUUAGUCGAUAUAAGGAAUUAUAACUUGUCGUGUAAUACGUACGCAUAAUUUGAACUUCAGUUAGCGUUACAUUUUAAAUAAUUUCACAACGAUGGCUGUCAGCGCGACAAAAGUAAUUUUGCGCCAGGGAAAAACGGCUCUAUUCGUUUGCGAUGUACAGAGUAAAUUUGAAAAGAUAAUAUCCGAGUUUGACAAGAUGAUAGUUAACUCUUCAAAGCUGGUAAAUGGUCUCAAACUGCUGGAUACACCCAUCCUUGUAACGGAGCAGAAUCCUAAAGCUUUAGGUAACACGGUUCCCCAGCUGGAUCUUUCUGGAGCAAAGGGGCCGUUCUCAAAAACCCAAUUCAGCAUGUAUACUGAGGAGGUUUCAAAAGAGCUCUCUACGUUGUGCGCGGGUGGACCUCCAGAUUCGAUACUCUUGAUAGGAAUCGAAUGCCACAUUUGUGUGGAGCAAACUGCACUGGAUCUAAUUGCAAAUGGUUUUCAAGUUCAUACGGUAGCCGAUUGCUGCUCUUCUCGCACGCAAGAAGAUAGGUUAUUGGCUUUAGAGAGGAUGAAGCAAUUUGGUUGCCACAUAACAACGUCUGAGAAUGUUCUCUUCAAGCUACUGGGUAACGCAAACCAUCCAAAGUUCAAAGACAUUUCUCGUCUUGUAAGAACUCCUUCGGUUUACACGGGAUUGGUACCACUCGCAAAGAUUUAGUUUAAGGAAAUCAUGUUUUAUUUUGAAUAUAAAAAUUAUACAGGGUAUUUUGAAAUUGGGAUGCCGCGUAUAUCUAGAUUAAGGAGUGAAUAACGUGUAAAUAUAAUUAUUGUGAUAUUUUAUAAAAUAUGUGCGGAUAUUAUGGAAAAAAAAACAAUACAAAUAAUAUUUUACAAUUUA